AUGUCGUCGACCAAGAAGCCCUCCGGCAAGACUCAGCGCUCCGCCAUUGCGGAUGUCGUCGCCCGCGAGUACACCAUCCACAUGCACAAGCGACUCCAUGGUGUUACCUUCAAGAAGAGGGCUCCCAAGGCCAUCAAGGAGAUCAAGGCCUUUGCCUACAAGUCUAUGGGUACCUCCGAUGUCCGCAUCGACCCCCAGCUCAACAAGAAGGUCUGGGAGCAGGGUAUCAAGGGUGUCGACUACCGAAUCCGCGUGCGAAUUUCCCGACGACGAAACGACGAGGAGGGUGCCAAGGAGAAGCUGUACAGCUACGUCCAGGCCGUGAACGUCAAGGACCCCAAGGGCCUCCCCACGGUUGUUGUUGAGGAAUAA